UUCUAUAGCCACCUCAUCUUUCGAAACGUCAGAGUCCAUGGGGAGGAAAGGUCAGAUUGCGAGUGUAAGCAAAUAAAUCGCGGAAAAUGCGGCCAAUCAUUUCAAAAUUGCUCAUCCUAUUCACCUGCAUAUUCGGCGUGCGUGGGAUUAUGUUCAAUCUCCUGCCUAACACGCAAAAAUGCCUGAAAGACGAGAUGCAGCCCAAACAACUCGUCACGGGCGACUACGAAGUGACAGACUUACCGGGCCAGAAGGUUGACUAUGUGAUUAAGGACUCCAAGGGACACAUUUUGUCACAAAAAGAUCAAAUAUCUAAGGGGAAAUUCACCUUCUCAUCCGAACACUACGAAGCCUUCGAGAUAUGUUUCAUAUCCAAAGUAUCACCACAUCAACGUGGGCUCACUCAUGACGUGUUCCUCUCUGUCAAGAAGGGAGUAGAGACCAAGAGCUACGAAGGGUAUGGCGAAGCGGCUAAGCUGAAGCCACUGGAGAUCGAUAUGAAGCGUCUUGAGGACUUGUCAGACUCAAUUGUACAGGAUUUCGCCAUCAUGAGGAAGCGUGAGGAGGAAAUGAGGGAUACAAACGAAUCCACCAACAAUCGCGUGUUGUUCUUCAGUAUUUUCAGUAUGUGCUGCCUUUUGGGUCUGGCCACAUGGCAAGUCCUCUACUUGAGGCGAUAUUUCAAGGCGAAGAAGCUUAUUGAGUAGAGAGAUAGUUCAAUUUACCGGGUGUUUCUGUUUCCUCAGCGUACGGUUAAGUGUGUGUGCAUCAGAAAUUUCGAAUAGACAUUGAUGAUCAUUAUUAUUCCGCGAUAUCACGAAACUGUAACUUAUUGGGCAAAAAUGUUAAAUUGUAAGAAUUGUAAAGAAACCACACAAUUUUUGGACUUGAUUUACGACUUUUCAGAUAAAUAAACACUUAAUUGUA